AUGGCAACAUUUGUUGGCGUGGGUUCUUUCUACUUUGGUCGUCAUUGUUGGCGAUUGUGGCGUGGGUUAAGAAUAAUAAAAUAUAAUCAUCGAAACCUGGAUAAACUGACACUGCUAUUCAAAGCUGCCAACAUUACUAAUCAUUUCCUCCAAAUUGAUGCCAAGAUGUCUCAACAGUACAGUCUUCGGUGGAAUAACCACCAGCCGAACUUCAUUUCGAUGUUUGGUAAUUUACUUGCUACCAAAGAUCUUGUGGAUGUAACUCUGGCAGCUGAAGGCCAACAUUUGGUUGCACACAAAGUUGUCCUUUCAGCAUGUAGUACAUAUUUUCAUUCACUCUUUGUGGAUAAUCCAACUCACCAUCCAAUAGUUAUUCUUAAAGACAUCACAUUCAAUGAUUUACGCACAAUGGUAGACUUUAUGUAUUAUGGUGAAGUAAAUGUCACAGAGCAGCAACUAGCACAGGUUUUGGAAACAGCAAAAAUAUUAAAAAUAAAGGGACUGACAGAGAUGCCUGACUCCACAUCCUUAACUAGAUCUCAGGGAAUUCCUACAGAUUUCCCAACAACAGAAACUUCAAGUGAUACACAAAGGCCUUCGGUGUCACCCUCAUCACCUAUUAGGAAGAAGAGGCAGCGAAAGAGUUCUUCUGGUUCACUGGCAAAUCCUGAAGAACUCAUGCAGAAUGUUGAUAUGAUGCGUGAUGCGGUAACAUUAAGCAGCCUUAACAUACAAAAGAAAAGAGAAAUGGAUGAGAGAAUUGAAACUGCACAGCAGACGGAGGAUGCAUCAGCAAUUAACAUUGAUCAACUUGCAAUAGACACAAAUGCUGUUGGGAUGUCCCAAGGAGCCCAGUGGAAUAUGAUGGAGCAUCCAUAUCCUCGGUACACGAACGCGGGUAUCGGCGGCGGCGGUUUACAGCCGGAACAGGCCAUGUAUGUGAAUAACGUGAUACAUCAACACGGAGAUGACAUGAGCCACUACGGACACUCACUGGGAUCUACGGGGCCGGUGCCGGGGCCCAGUGUACUCCAAGGGAUGAACGAUCAAGUCGGUCAGGCUCACAGUUCGGGUAUGCCUGUAAAGAGACGACGCACUACUAACCCUCAGGCCGAAGAAAAUUUUCAAAAAGCCCUGGAAGCGGUCCGCGUAGGUGGAAUUGGUUUCUGCAAAGCAGCGCGAAUGUUUGGUGUUAACAAUCGAACAUUAUGGCUCGAAUAUAAAAAGAAGGGUUAUCCGAACAACAGACCAAGUAUCAAGAAUCGCAUAAAGAGAGAACAUAUCACACCACCUCCCGAAAUAAAGGAAGAUCCUCCACAAUUGGAACAGCAGAUGGCGCUCCUCUGCCAACCGCCUCCCGUCCCGGUCAGCUUUAUAGAUCCGCGACCGAUGGAUUUCCCACAGAUCAACAGCUCUUCCUUGAGCAUUAUAAACAAUGGCGGCGGGGGUCAGCAGCCUCCGCCACCCUCGGUGACCGGUGAGCACGCCAGCUCCCUGUCCCUGCGCCCCGCGCCGCAUCACGCGCACCUGCACGCCCAGCACCCGCCGGCGCCGCGCCCUCAUAUGCACUACGACGUUUACAUGCAUGUACCCCUAUAA